UGACGUCAGGCGCCUCUUGACCUGCCAAUUGAGCACUGAAUCCGCCAUAUGUGUAUGUCGGCGAAGCCCACAGUGUCCACAGCUCCAAAUGAAAAGAAUGGAGAUAAGACUCAGCGGGUGGCGGAGCACUUGAUGGAGAUCUGCCGCCAGCAGGAAGCACGUUAUGCUGCCAAGCCCGAAAGCACCAGUAAAGAUACCAUCUGCACAGUAUCCAACUCAAGAACAGUGUUUUCCUUGCGAUGCUCAUCAGCCCCUUUCUCCCCUAGAACAUGCACAACACCACCUUUUGAUUUAUUCGUCAGCUCGAGCGCAAUACUCUCUGCCAAAAGGCAAUUCCAUUUGGGCAGAUACCAUCUGUUUUUUGCAAUUUCUUAUCCCUCUUGACAAGCUCGCAGCUAUCACUAUCUGUAUCCGCUUCCUGAUGACGGACCUCUCACAGAAACGGCAGGUACUCCCAGAUAUGGCGACCACAGUUUUCGAACCUCCAUUCGGUCCGCUACGCGCCCUAGAGUGUUUGCCAAGCAAUUAUGCGGGUCUGUUCACCCUUUUCACGUCAGAGAUGAAAUUCCGUUUGCCUCUGUUAAAGAUGACACGAAGAAGGUUGGUCUGAAGAUGUCCUGUAGUCCCCUUCGAAAUGAUGGGACCCCUUGUUUUACGGCUUCAUUAUGGUGGGAAAAAAACAAGUCUAGCAUCCACAACUUCACAUGAAAGAAAUCCACAACCACCGAAUCCAGCCACCCUACGUGUCAAAUAGGCAGGACGUCGGCCAACGGGCAUGCGACGUCUCUAUACGCACUUUUCA